AAGAUGCCGACCAUCACUCAGAUUCCAGCUUCACUGAAAAAUACAGGAUCUGUGGAAAGACGCUGUGUUUGCUGAAAACCACUAAAUCUGAACUUGAGACUCAUUUUGAUGGGGCCGGCUCUUACUGUAGAAUAACUCUCCACGCUUCCACUGCAGCGCGUUGUCUGAUCAUUCUUAAAGGGAAGUCUCGAAUUUUCACCUCAGAGGUUUUGUUUUGCUCGAUACUUCUAAUGCUCUCCUCUCUCGACCAUUUUUCUCCGCUCACCUCAACCAGUCGAGGCUGAUGGCCGCCCACGUUGUGACUCUUCAGGUGUGAUGAAACCAGCGGUGCUGCAUGACGUUGAUGAUGUGUAAGCCUGCGAUCAGUCUCUCGGACCAUUAGCAGUCCCACUGGACACCAUCAUGUACCUGGCUCACACGGCUCACUGGCAGUUCCUGGGCCUGUCCUUAGGCUUUCUGGCGUGGAUCCUCACCAUGGCCACAGCCGGCCUCAACGAGUGGCGGCUGUGGCAUGUGGACGACGUGUCCGUCAUCACCUCGGGCAUGGCCUGGGUUGGUAUCUGGAAGGUGUGUUUCUACACACACGUCCUUCCACAGACUGAGUUCUGUCGGCGCAUCAGCAUGUCAGACUCUUUUCUUCCAGUGGAGAUCCCUGUGGCUCAGGUGCUGAUGGUGCUGGCGAUGAUCUGCGGCCUGGCAGGAAGCAUCAGCGGCGGAGUGGCCAUGAGGAUGGUCUACUUCACAGUGGAGGAUCGAAGGAACAUCAGGCUGGUCUUCAUACUGACAGGGACCCUGUAUCUGUUUUCGGGGUCGUGCUCCUUGGUGCCGCUGGUGUGGAACAUGAACUCUGUGCUCAUCAACAGCACCAUAGACUUCCCUCCUGAGUAUUACCUCCCUGUGGUUCCUGUCAGGCAGCAGGUCGGCACAGCCAUCGGUGUGGGCAUCUUUGCCUCCAUCCUGAUGCUCAUCAGCGGGCUGCUGUUCCUCUCCUACAAGUAUGCCCGCCACACUCUGAGGUCAGUGGCCCCCAGAAGCACCAGCAACCCGCUCCGUGGUCCCUGGACAACCACGGCACAGAGGUCAAAUGGAGUCAACCAGGGCAGUGACAAUCCUGCAUUCCUCAGUGAAGAGGUCUCGUGUUAAAAAAAAAGCAUGUAACUUCCGGAGCUAUUUAAUUGAUUCAAAAUCUUUGUUUUCAUUUUCAUCGUCCAAGGGAAAGAAAGAGACAGACAAUGCCAUAAAGUCUCAUUUAAAUCCCAGUGCUGCUUGAUCUAAUCUUGUUAUUGUUGCUUUACUUUUUAUUUUACACUCUAUGACACAAUCAGAUAAACAGACGAUUUAUGUGUCUGUUGUAUGUGUACAAUCAGCCUUCAAACCCAUACACACAAAACAUCUUAAGAUUGUAUCUGUAACACUGCAUAACAUAUCUCAGAUAGAUUUUGUGGAAACAUGUUGUCUAAUUUUACUAUGUUUCAUAAUGAAGCAGGAAUAUUUUCAUACUUUUUCUAUUUAAAUUUGUAAUUAUUAUAAUUUAUUUUAAAUAUGCUUUUAUUGUUUUUUUAGCAAUUAUACAAACAGACACAAAAAAACAUGAAGAGACACAAAUUAAAUACAAAGCAGUUUUUCUUUAAGUAUAAAGGUAUCUAUACAUAAACAAAAUAAAGCGAUAAUACGCAGCAAGGUGCUUAACACCGGACAUAACAUAACUCACUAGUCCUCGCCCUGAAAACAUUUAAAAACGGGGUCCAAUAUCUUAUCAUGCACCCAUGCAAUCAUGCAUCAAUGUGAUUGACAUCUCUCUCCACCAUAAAUCACAUGUGGGUACAAACUCCAUUUUCCACACUAGCAGGAUUCAUUUUUUCUAAUCAACAUUCCAAAGAAAACAGCCUUUUUUUCAAUCUUAUUGGCAGGCGAUAGGGAGCUUGUUCCUCCAAGAAUGGCUGUGAGCGGAUCAGGUUCCCUAAAGCCUCUGAGAAACAGUGAAAAAUGCUUUUCCAGCAUGUGUAAAAUGUACUGCAUGACCAUUGAUUAUUCCCUGAGAAAUCAAAGAAAACGUCGAAAAAUGCCACCAUGUUGAAGAAAGUGAAAAACAAUCUUCCAAGUCCAACCCUUUCCCGAAAUUUAAUGGAAAUAGGUUGAGUAGUUUUUCCCUAAUCCUGCUGGUAAACAAACAACGCCCCUUGACAGAGGUAAUUAACAAUCCAGAUAAUAUCAAGAAGGGCUUUCUGGUAGAAGUAGGUAUAUUGAAAAAGUUUACAAAGGAAUAGAUAAACAUGGAGCUCUGUAGCUGUGAAGAACACAAGCCUUGUAACUGAUUGUCUUCUUGGUUGCAGCAGGAACAAACUGUGACAUAACCAGGUCAUUGAAAUGAAUCUACACAGUCUUACAGAUAUGGAGCAACAUCAGCAUUCAGGUUUCUGUACACCUCAUGGUUGAAGAUGUUUAUCUUAAUAAAGCUCUACAGCUUCUAAAUGCUUGAGUGAGACCGGGUUAUUGGGGAGUUUGAGGUUUUCUUUGCUGAAAGAAGUUACUCGCUACGGGCCAAUACGAUUCUGAGAGCACUGAGAAUGAACCUGACAAAUGAAGCUGUGGCCUCGAAAAAUAAUACAAUGAGCUUAAAGAGGCUAAAAUGUUGUGGAGCUGAAGAGACCUACAGUCUGUUCUUGGGUUUGUCACAAGUGGCACCUUUCACAAACAUGUUGUGAUUAUAGCAGCUUUGAUAUAGUAGUGUAAUAUAAAACAUUGUGUGUGACAUGAUAUGAGCUCCUGCUGACAUGUUCUUGGUGAAAUCUAUUUUAAGUCAGCGUAACAAAUUAACAGCUAAA